UGUAAUUAUUUUCUAAGUAGCUUAACAUUUUAGUAUUUUGUUUUACUAUUUUUUAGUGAAAUCAAAUAAUUUAUUUUUUUCUUAAAUCAAAAUUUCUUUAUGGAACCAGAAGCCACAACAUCACAUACUUUUCCUUUUAACAAUAAUGAAUCAGAAAGUUUAUCACUCUCGACUUAUUUAAACUCAUGUCCGAAAAUUUUUGGAUAUAGGUUAAAAGAAAGUGCACAACAAGAAAUACUGAAAAGACUAUUCUCAGAGCUAUGGAAUUCGAAUGAAGACCAUAGAUCUUUAUUUUUUCCAAACGGUUUUGGUGAAGGACCUGAUGCGUAUAAAUUGAGUCUUUCACAAGGAGAAGAAUAUUCACCAACACAAAAAGGAAAAGCUUGUGGUCACGUCUUUAGAAAAGGAGAAGGUGUCUAUCGAUGCAGAAACUGCGCACUAGACGAAACGUGUGUCUUUUGUUCUCGUUGUUUUCAUGCCACUAAUCAUGAAGGACAUGACGUUACUUUCUCUGUGAAUUCUGGAUCUGGCAGUUCUGGUUGUUGUGACUGUGGUGACCCGGAGGCUUGGAAGAUUCCUAUACAUUGUGCUUAUCAUUCACCAGAUGCUUCUUCACCAGAUUCAAGUGAAUUUGAACAAAUACAAUAUGAAGAAAUAUUACCUGAUGAUCUGUUAGAUUCCAUUCACGUUACUAUUUCUACUGUCCUUGAUUUCAUAUUGGACACUUUAUAUGCUUCCCCUGAGGAGAUGUCUCCCCUUAGUGAGGAAGAAGUCAGAGAGGAAGCUAAACGAGCUGCCAAUUUUAUUAGAGAUCCUAUAAAUAAUGUUGAUGAGGAGAAAUUAUUCGCGGUUGUACUUUGGAAUGAUGAACAUCAUUCUUUUCACGAAGUGAUUGAACAACUAAUGGAUGCAACCAGUUGUAGCAAAGCAGAAGCAAAAGCAAUAGCUGAAAGAGUUGAUUCUUAUGGACGUGAUAUUGUUCAAAUAUCUGAAGAUAUACAACGUCUUCUUAACAUAGCACGUGCAAUAACAUCGAUAGGACUUGCUGUUACUGUACGUUCCGCGCGUGAUACUUUCCGUGAAGGAAUGUGUGGUCUUUUCAUUGAUUGGUUAAAAGAUCUUGCAGGAGGCAAAAUUGGUUCGAAUGUUACUAUAUUGAGAAAUAUAAUUUGUGAAGAAUUAUGUAAAGAAUGUAAAGUAUGGAAUAAAUCUCGUAAUGCAAAACGAGCAAAGAUUGAUGAAAAAUGGAGGAUUCUUAAUGAUAUUGGCAUAGGGGACACACGAAAUGGUGAAACAGAAGGCACCACAAGUGAAUAUAUGAGUGAUGAUGAAAUGGUAAUGAUUGAUGAUGACAAUGAAAAUAAUGAAGAUGAUGCUUCUAACAAUUAUAAGCGAUCCUCAGAAUUUAGCGGUGAUUAUGAUAUAUCAAUGGAAGAGGAUUCUAGUGAUACAAUUGAACCAAUGGAUGAAGAUGAAUCUAUAAUAUAUCGUGGAACCUCUUCAUUGAUGAAAACAGUAGAAGAUUUUAAAAAAGAGUUGCGAUUGGAUAGAUUGUUGAUCUUAGAUUUAAGGCUUUGGAAAGAAGCAAGAGCCGGAUUAAGGGAAUUGUACAUUGGAACAUUAGUAAUAAAUCCAGAGUACAAAAAAAUAAUGGGUAUCCGUUUUGCUCGCAAUUACGUUAACCUUGCAAAAGCAUUUCUUACUCCUGACCGCGAACCUGAACAUUCAAUUAUUCUUUUUUCUGUUCAACUUUUUACUGUUCCCACUAUUUCUACAAUUCUUGUCACCCAAUAUAAAUUCCUUACGACAAUUUUUACUAUACUUCAUACAUUUUUUACUUCCAACGCUGUUGGAGAUGAUUUAGAUAGCAUCGAUCUAAAUGCUAAAAUCGAUUGUGAUUCCGAGGCCUUCAAAAAUCGCCGUUACUUUCAUGUAUUUCAAGAUCUUCGUUAUAUUAUCAGUAAUGAUUCUGUAGAAAAAACUGUGCCAAAAAAUCCUCAUUAUUUGCAACAAUACCUGAAUCUAAUCGCAUUAUUUCAUGGAAUGAAUCUAAACAUUCGUGCAACUCAACAACAUGUUGAGUAUGAAAAUGAUAGUUGGGUUAAUGCAUUUAACGUCACUUUGCAAAUUGCGAAAAGUUGCCGUCAAUUUUCUGAAUGUUAUACUGGUAAUACCAGAACACUGUGUGUAACAAUUCGUAAAGUUUUAAGAAAAUUGUACGAAUUAAGUUCAAGGCGUGAUAACGAUGAUGAUGAUGAUGAUGAUGAUGAUGAUGAUAAAAUGGACGAAACUUGCGAUGCUCAACAUGAAACUCCUUAUCACUCUAGUGUUUGGGGAACAUCUACACCUGGCUCAUAUGGUCCUUUCGCAAAAUUUUCAGAUGAAGAAAGCGAAGAUAAAGAGAGCAAUCUUUCGUCGUUGCGGGGAACUGAAUUUCAUGAUGUGAUAUUUCAUCAAAGUCCUUAUUUUCUUUCAUUUCGAGUUGUUAAAUUUGAAGUUGCUUCACAACCCGUUAGCUUUCACAAUCCUUUACAUUGGUUUUUGGCCGAAUUAUUGGAAAAUGUUAAUUUAUUGGAUGACGAGUUGUUAAUACAACAUGGUUUUGGUAAUUUCCAAAGUAUGAUAGGUCUCGAUACUGAAAGCAAUGAAGAAGUGGUUCAACGUGUUAAAGAAAAAAUUUUAGGAGUAUUUGACUAUCCAUUACGAGUAUUAGUUCUAUUAGUACAAAUUCGUGCUGGGUUAUGGGUACGAAAUGGAUUUGGAAUUCGUGGUCAAUGCCACCAUUAUCGUGAAAUUUCUCUACGUGAAAAUACUUUUGAUGAGGAUAUAUUCUUAUUGCAAACAGCUUUUAUUAUAUUAGAUCCAAAUAUAGUUCUUGCCACUAUUUUAGAUCGGUUCGAUCUUGUGGAGUGGUUCAACGGCGGAACUGAUCAUAAAAUAUAUGAUAAUUCACAAUUGACCUUUAUUUCUGAAGAAUUAUUGACACUUUUGAUUAUAUGCGUUAGCGAGCGUUCAAAUGCAGCUGGAUUGACCAUAGAACAAGAAAUUAAAAGAGAAAUUAUUCAUGGGCUUUGUUUAGGACCAAUCGCUUACUCGGAGCUUAUAAAACGUAUACCAGAACGUUUAACACAAAAUUCAAUGUUUGACGAGAUAUUAGUCAAACUUGCCAAUUAUAGAGCACCAGAUAGUUUGACUGAUCAUGGUAUUUAUGAGCUUCAUGACGAAUAUUUUGAUGAAGUUGACCCGUAUUUUGUUCAUUAUUCUCGCAAUAAUAGAGAAGAGGCUGAGGAAGCUUUGAAAAGUAGAUUAAAGAAAAAAGAUGGAACUCACUCUACUCCAUUGUUAAUACCAAAAUUGCUUCCUAUAAAAAGUGGACCAUAUACUAAACUGGGUAACAUUUUACAUACACGUUUGUUAAAUCAAUUAAUUUAUUAUGCACUUUUGCAUGUAAGAAAUGAUGAAAAGAUAAAAUCUGACACACUUGUAGAAGAGGCAUUGCAUUUGAUAAUGUUGGCUCUUUUAGAUGAAAAUAAUAAUAUCGUUGGAGAAAGCAAACGGAAGGGGAAACAAAAGGCUACUGAUACUUCUAUUUCAUCAGAUAUAGAUGAGGAAAUGACAGGUUUUAUAUAUUAUGCAGUAUCUGACUUUUUCCAAGUGGAUAUGAAACCUCAGGGUACUUGUUUAUUGGAUCUUUUAUUACAACUUUCUUGUGAACAAAAUUUCAAAGAAUUUCAUAAUAAGCUAGAUUUUAUUAUAAGUAAAUUUGAACAAUUUGGUAGUGAUAGUGUAAAAAUAAAAAUAGAUCAGCAUCGCGAGAAGGUACGUAUCGAUUUACAAUCAAAAGGAACCGAGGAUAGUGAACUUUCAGAGUAUGAACGCAAGAAACAAGCAGCCAGAGAGAGACAGAAGAAAAUUAUGGAGCAAUUUGCCAAAGCUCAACAAAGUUUCAUAGAAAAACAUGAAGAUUUAUAUGAGGAAUAUGAGGAUAUGGAAGAAGAUUGGGAGCAUCCUGCAAGCGAAGUACAAUCAGGAACUGAUUCUUCAAAACCGAUGGAAACAAUUUGGUCGUAUCCUGCAGGAACUUGUAUAGUGUGCCAGGAAGAAACAAAUGCAUCUUCAUUAUAUGGGAUGCUUGGAUUAAUUCAACCAUCAUCAUUAUUACGUCGUACUCCAUUUGAUGAUAAGGAUUAUGUUUUUGAAGUUGUUAAUUUACCUGAAAAUUUAGAUUUCACUUAUGACCGAUCAGUUCCAUAUGGGGUUGCAUCCUCAAUUUAUAAUAAUGAUGCAACAUCAUCAUCUGAACCCUCGCACUUAAGUAAAGGAUUUCCUUCAAAGUCAUGUCGACAGGGAUUAUAUGCUUCUACCUGUGGGCAUUUAAUGCAUGUGAAGUGUUUUGAUACCUAUUUCGCUUCAUUGGAACAACGACAUCAAUUACAAUUAGCAAGGAAUCAUCCUGAAGAUGUCAAACGCAAAGAAUUUAUGUGUCCAUUGUGCAAAAGUUUGGGUAACGUUUUAUUACCGAUAAUUUGGAAAACUAAAAAGGAAGUAUUUCCAGGAAUAUUGGACACUCAAGAAGACUAUGAUACUUGGUUACGUGAUAAAGUUGGUCCUGGUUUGGAGAAAUUGAAAUCAUCCUUUUCUGCGGGAUCAAAUUUACCAUUUUCUCAUAAUGAUCCAAAUAAUUAUACAACUUUCACCACCGGAACGCCUAUCGAUGCGAGAGAGAUGUCCACUAAUACAGGUUUUUCAAACUUUACUCAAACCCAACAAAGGCGACGAAAUAGUAGUAUUAGGGAUGCACUUACUCAAUUUGUACACAUGUUAAGAACUCCAGUUGCAAACCAGAAUAAUGACGAAAGUGGCUCUUCUACAGCUGUUUCUGAUGACUUUUCUGUCCAGGGAUCAUCUACGAGAGAAGCGUCCGCAGUUUCUGAUGACGAAGAUCAAGAAAGCAUUCGUCGUAUGUACAAUCGUUUGGCAGAUGUUGUGCAAAUGGCGUAUCGAAAUAUAACACCGGAAAUUACUUUCCAAACUGUGCCAUUAAAAUCUAUCGAAUAUAUGUGGGAUUUAUUCGGCUACACAAUCUCAUGCAUUGAAAUAGGCCAGCGAGGGAUUGGUAAAACUACAAGCGAAGGUCUUGUUGGACCGACAUUAAUAGAUGGAAUCAAUUCACAAACAUUAACACUAUUAAGAGUUCUCUCAGAAACAAUAUUUACUUAUAUAAAUACAAUGCUAGUUGGCCAAACUGGUGAAUUUGGAUUGAAACAGAUAACUUUACAUAGGAAUCAACAAAUAUUUUAUGGUUAUCCAUUGUUCCAACAAGAAGAAAAUGUACAAAAUAUUGGAUCAAAACCUUUUGCUGAUGAUAAAAGGAAAAUGAUUGGGCCAUAUGGGCCAAGCUUUUUGUUUACACAGGUUAAACCUUUAUUACUUGAAGAUCCUUUCUUUGUUCUUGUAGAAAUUUGUGUGUGCACAGCUUCUGUGACUGAAUACGAGGUAUAUCAUAUGAUGCGAUUGUUAUAUACGGCCGAAAUUGUUAAAGUAAUAGUGUCAUUGAUCGAAUCUGCUAUCAAUGAUAAAACAAAGGAGUGGAUAGAUGAUGAUCGAGUUAAGAAGAAAUUUAACGGAUUACGAGAUACUUCAAUAAGAGAUUUUGUUAUAUGGGUUGCAAAACAAGUAGGCAACAAUGAACAUGAUAUCGUAAAAUUUUUGGAUGGAAUCGAUGAAUCGACUUUUAUAAAACUUAUUAAGACAUUCUGUUUACCUUAUUUGAGAAAAUGUGUCAUUCUUUUGCAUGCAAUGUUUGGAGUUGCAUUUCCAAAAGGAGUUGAUACAGAUGAGACUGAACUCACGAGAUUAACCAAAUUGCUUGGAUUUCCUUCAGUAGAACAUAUUUGUUCAAUACCUACCACAUCAGCAAACGAUAUAACGAUGUUGUCGGUUAUUUCGGGAUGGUGUAAUCAUUUGUAUACGCUCCGACAAGUGCCGCCAUCUCCAAUAACACCAUCAGGAACACCACAUGAUAUAAGUAUGAUUCACGGUCUUCUUGUAUCAAGUGGAGUAACUUCGGGUAACUCACAAGCGCCACAAGAACAUCAUCAGUUAUAUCAAAAAAUUGAUGUUAAAGUCAAUCAUCCAGCUAUAUUUGAACUUGUAGGUUUACCAAAGAGAUUAGAUUCUUUAUUUGAAGAAAGCCUGAAGAAAGUUUGCAAAAAAUGUAAAACAGUGCCACAUGAUCCAGCCUUAUGUCUAUUGUGUGGUACAUUCGUAUGUAGCCAAAGCUACUGCUGUUCAGAAAAUGAUCGUGGUGAUAAUGAUCGAGGUGAAUGUAAUCUUCAUACAAAAAGUUGUGGUGGAGAUAUAGGGAUUUAUUUAUUAGUAAAGAAAUGUGUAAUACUUUUACUUCAUGUUGAUAACGGUUGUUUUAUGAAUGCACCGUACCUUGAUACACAUGGAGAAACGGAUCUUGGAUUAAAGAGAGGAAGACCACAAUUCCUUAAUCAAAAACGAUAUGAUGAAAUUCGUAAAUUAUGGUUAACGCAUGGCGUACCGAUACAUGUUGCAAGAAAGAUUGAACAGACAUUUGAUUUAGGGGGAUGGCCAACAAUGUGAAUAUAUAGGAACUAUAAUUUUUUUUUAUUUAGUUUUUCUUUUAUUAAUUUUAUUAGGUUAUUCUUUCUAUAUCAAAGAAUGCAAAAAAAAGUUAUUUCUUUAAUUUUAUGAGAUUAAAAAAAAGCUAUAUAAUUUUCUUUUGUAUUUUAAACCUUUUGCUAUAUAUAAUAAAAAUGAUUCACUUCGUUGAAUUUAGAUAGCGUAACCACCAAAAAAAUCAUGAAUCACGUGUUCUCAAAUUAUUCAUCUCAUUUUUUUAGUUGUUACGCUUGGAAAAGAUAUAUCACUUUUUAUUUCAUAUCCAAUAUUUUUUUUUUUAUUGUACUAUUUAUCUUAUAUUUAUUUUCA